CGACAUACGGUACCCGCCACCCCCCUCCGUCCAGGCGUUUACGCUCGUCGACUUAACAGUGGACAUCCCUUCUCUACAGACUUCCUCCAUUCCUGUCAACACCAGCGACCAACAACAAAUCCAAUCCACCAAAACCGCCACCCCCAUAACGAAAAUGGCCCGCUUCUUCAUCACCGGCUCCUCCGAUGGCCUCGGCUCCCUAACCGCCAAACGGCUCACCAGCCAAGGCCACACCGUCAUCUUGCACGCGCGCAACGCCGAGCGCGCCCGCGCCGCCGCCGCCGCCUGCCCGGGCGCCGAAACAGUUUUGGUCGCCGACCUGAGCAGCAUCGACGAGACCAAGCGCCUCGCGGCCGAGGCCGACCGCCACGGGCCCUACGACGCCGUGAUCCACAACGCGGGCGUCUACCAAGACAUGGCGCGCGUCCCCGGGAAAUCGCCGGGCUUGCCGACUCUGUUUGCUGUCAAUACCCUCGCUCCGUAUGUAUUGACCUGUUUGAUGGCGAAACCGAAGCGGUUGGUGUUUGUUGCGUCGGAUGCGCAUUUGGGCGGGAGGGCGGAUCGGAGGGGGAGGGAGCUGGUGGAGGGGACGAGUUAUGCCGAUAGUAAGCUGCAUGAUGUCAUGUUGGCGAAGGCGUUUGCGCGGCGAUGGGCUGGAGCUGGGACGGGGUGCUAUUCUGUCCAUCCGGGGUGGGUUCCGACGAAGAUGGGCGGGCGACAGGCGCCGGAACGCAUUGAGGAUGGCGUGGAUACGUACGUGAUGCUGGCGCUUGGGGAAGGGGAGGAGGGCUGGAGUCCUGGGGGUUAUUUUGUGAACUCGCGAGAGAAACAGCCCAAGGCGGUGGCGGAUGAUGUAGGGUUGCAGGACCAGCUGCUGGCGGAGCUGGCGGAAAUCAGUGGUGUUGCUGUUCCGGAGAGAAGUAGAACAGAACGGUGAUGGGUUGGGGCGAAACCUAUGUUAUUUCGUAUGUGCGGAAAAUAAGAAGAGACUGCGAGGAUAUAUCCCAUGCAUACUGGGUGGCUUCCGGCUGAAGCUCUUCCGUCU